AUGUCCUCCGUGAAACUUGGCGACGACUACGUGCGCGUACCGAAGCUCGACGUCGGCGGCUCGAACUGGGUCCUCUACAAGGAGCGCCUUACGUGGGCGGCCGACGCGAAGGGACUUGUCGGACAUCUCGACGUGGGAGGCACGGCUACAGGUGUGGCCGCGACCCCCACCGCUGCUGGAGGGGGAGUAGACGCCGCUGCCACGACCGGCGGCGGGACAGUGGCUACGGCCCCCAUUGGUGUCACUCCGGGUCCAGGCACGGUGCCGGACCCUGCGCAUGCGGCAUACCAGCUCGAAUUGGCCGGCGUGGAAAAAGGGGGAGGCCAUCGUCAAGCAGCUCAUCGCGAGCACCAUACCCGAUUCCCU